GCAACGAGAUGGGGAAGAUGGCGGCGGCAGUGGGCUCUGUGGCGACGCUGGCAGCGGAGCCUGGGGAGGACGCGUUUAGGAAGCUUUUCCGCUUUUACCGGCAGAGCCGCCCCGGAACCGCAGACCUGGGAGGGGUCAUCGACUUCUCGGUGUCCCACGCAGCCCGCGGCACGGGACCUGGUGCCCCCAAGGUGGUCAAAUCUCAGCUAAAUUUGUCCUCAGUCAGUGACCAUGAUGCACUCAGAGCAGGACUUCAGCCGGUCAGCAAGUGGCAAGCCUACGGACUCCAAGGCUAUCCUGCAUUAGCUCACUUUGUGUUUCUGUCACAUUUUGGUGAUUCUCAUAAUAUUUCAGCCCCUCCACCAGCAAAAAGGUUACAGCUCACUAAAGGCUCAGAUGAUGGAUUUAUUUUUAUCUCAAACCCCUUCCUCCCAGGCUACCAGUGGCAUUGGGUAAAGCAGUGCCUUAAGUUAUAUUCCCGGAAACCUAAUGUAUGUAACCUGGAUAAGCAUAUGACUAAAGAAGAGACCCAGGAUUUGUGGGAACAGAGCAAGGAGUUUCUAAGGUGUAAAGAAGUGAAUAAACGGAGACCCCGAAGUUUGCUAGAGAAACUGCGCUGGGUGACCCUUGGCUACCAUUAUAACUGGGACAGUAAGAGAUACUCAGCAGAUCAUUAUACACCUUUCCCUUCUGACCUGGCUUUCCUCUCAGAGCAAGUAGCUGCUGCCUGUGGAUUUCAGGGUUUCCGAGCUGAAGCAGGUAUCCUGAAUUACUACCGACUAGACUCCACACUGGGGAUCCACGUAGACAGAUCUGAACUAGAUCACUCCAGACCCCUGCUGUCAUUCAGCUUCGGACAGUCUGCCAUCUUUCUCCUGGGUGGCCUCAAAAGAGACGAAGCCCCCACCCCCAUGUUUAUGCACAGUGGUGACAUCAUGGUGAUGUCAGGUUUCAGCCGCCUGCUGAACCAUGCAGUCCCGAGGGUCCUUCCCAGUGCAGAAGGGGACAGCCUGCCUGGCUGCCUCGGGACGCCUCUCCCAGCUGACCUCCCCAGAGACUCGGUGGUGGAGCCCUGUUCUCUGGAGGACUGGCAGGUGUGCGCCAGCUACCUGAAAACUGCUCGCGUUAACAUGACUGUCCGGCAGGUGCUGGCCGUGGGUCAGGACUUCCCUUUGGAACCCACAGAGGAGAAUAAAAGAGACAUCACCGCGGAAGGUUCCUGCCAUCUGCAUGGUGACAAUAGCCAAGUCAAACGAGCGAGGUUAAGCCCUGACUACUGAGACUUGGAGAGCCCAUUCUUCUGCUCCGGCAGGUUCUACAGGAAAUGGCUGUGCUGUUUUGUCUUGCCAUCGACUUUAGCACCAAGACAAGCCAAAAAACAGAGACAGGGAAAACCUCAUCACUGAUCACACUGUUGCCUUCGAACUCAUCCUGAAGAGGAAACUGAUUAACCACUUUGUUCAGAGAAGUGUUUGACAUUGUCCAGUCCUGGUUAGGUUUUGGUGCUAAAGUACAGAGAAGUCCAAGAGGGUAUGACCUUCCACAAGAGCCUUCUCAGCCUUGCCAUCACCUUUGAGCGAGGUAGAAGUGAGUUUCCAUGUCUAUGGCAUCUUUAAAUACCUCAAGUUUUGUUGAUGGGAAACAUUAUUCUCCUUCCACCACCCUAUCUAGGGAUUUGUGGUAAAAUGUGGUUCCAUGAACCAACCAUUAGUCUUACCUUAAUUCUUCCAAUCGACGUUGAAGCCUUUGGACUUCUCUGGUCUUCACAGAAGAAUCCUAUACACAUAACUGGAAAUCACAUCUCCUAGAAAAGAAAUUAGUCCCAGCUAUCUCUCUUGCCUAAAAGGUAAACACGUAUAAACCCAAGGAAAGAGGAACAGUAGUUUCUCCAGAUGUCUUUUGGGUCUGUAAACAGUUCCGUUGGCUUUUAAAUUCAAUUUUAAUUGUUGGACUAAAAAAAUCCUAAGGGUAUUCUGUAACUAUUUUCUCCAUGAAUAAACUUACUCAAUUUUAAAUUAAA